UGGUCUGUGUGAUCAGCAACAUCAUAUACAAGUUAUCCCUGACACAUUUUUCAUAGCCAACCACAGAAACUGCCUGCGGAAUUUGCAGUGAUCUGUUGAAUAAGAGAUCAUUUUAAUAUCCCUGUUCUCCUUUGUUGUAUUCCACUUUUUAAUCUUCUUUCACUUUCAGAAACAGAAAAAUACACUGGCAGGUAACAGAACAGAACACUUUGAAAAUCACCAAAAUACCUUUUGAUGGUCUCAGUGUUCCUCAGUGCGUCCAGAGUAUAUCCACGUAUGCUGUCUAACAAAGAAAAUAUAGAGUCAACCAUUGACAGCUGGGCACUUGAUGAAUGAAAUAUAAUGUAUUAUGUUACAGUCACUGUAAUUUUGCAUGGUUUGGCAUUUACAAUGUCGUAGUGACAUUACAUAAUUUUUGGGGUUGGGAGCAUACAGAUUAUUCUGCCUAAAGGUUCUUCUAUAGUAGAAAUUCAAGGAACAGAAUUUCACCUGAACUUAUAAACAUGUCAACCCAUGAUUUUUUUCUUCUAAGAAGUAAACUUGAAUGGCUCCAGAAAUAUGUUUAUAGUGUAAGGUACAAAGCUACUGUUGUGCAGCCAUUUAGCCAUUCUUCCUCCUUUUCAACUUUUUGUUUAAUAUGCAGGCCGGUACUUCUAUUUUGUGCGCAUUCUUUAACUAAGAGAGCUUUCUCAUGUACCAUCAGCAGCUGAAUACAUAGCACAAAAUAAGUAUUUUAGUCUUAUACUGAGACAUAAAAUCAUAUUUUAUUUUUGUGCUAAAUAAGACAAGCAUAUUGCCAAUGACGUGAGACAGAUUCAUUUCAAGAUUUUAAGGAAAUUUCACUUGUCAAGCAAGCUUAAAACAAGCUAAUAUUUUCUACUUGAGAGAAAAAAAGAUUUUUUUUCUCAUUAGGACUCAUUAAGACUGAAACACUUGUUAAGUCACAUUUUUGGAAUGCAGAACUCCACAUGUGUCAGAAUGUGAAUACUGGUACUAAUGUUAAAGCUUAAAUAAUUCAAGAUUUUCUUUUUAAUUUUAACCCUCACUCGAAGUGGUAGAUGUGUAAAUGAAUUCUGCUAUACAUGCAUUCUGGGCAUGAGACUCUGCAGUCCCUACUUCCCAUAUAUAUUUGAAAUUGCCCUAUAAAUCCAUAGGUAAACAUGGGAUACACUUUUGUAUCCAAUUUUCCCAGUCCUGUAGUGAUAUGGUUAGGGACAUUUCUUUAUCUACAGCACAUCACCCAAAAUGAUUUCAACUGACAUUACUAUCUAAAUGUCCAUGGGGUCAUGUAGGCAUUGAGUUUCACAAUCACCUGACUAUUUAUACAAUCAGUUGUGACCCUCACAACAGCAGAACAGUAGCCUUCUGUUACACUGCACACUGAGGGAGACUAUUUAUUUUUGCACAACAAAUCCAUACAUGCACAAAAACAACAAACUGACAUUUACAGUACAAAUAUUCCUCUUCAAAAAGCUGAAAAUCCUAAAUGAUGUGGAUUUUUCAUUAGAAGUGUAAGAAAUGGUGGGGAUAUUCCCCAAAAACAGCUUUGGCAGAAGAACAUGCCGUAGGCUGCAGUCUUGCAUAAAGAGAAGAUGGUCACAGAUGAGUCGACAGAUGGUAAAGUUUCAUUCAAUUUAUUUGUUUUUCAAGAAAAAUCUAUUUGAGUAUUUGGGCUAGCAAUUGCCCAAAAGUUUAAUUCAUAGUGGUCAGAAAGAUAGACUUGUCCAAGCAGAAAGUUUCACAACACAAUAUGUCUAAGGAGCACAUUAGAGGAAGGUCCAGGCUUGAUCAUAGAACUGGACAAUGCUGCAGCUGGAAUUCAGGAUGUCAUGAGUACUGUAUUUCUGAACUACAUAAACUAAACGAUACUUAUUAGUUCCAAGCAACUCAGUUGAUGCGGUUUCAUUUGAGUCGUUGAUAUCCUUUUAAUCUGUUUAUCUUUUUUAGCCGUUCUUUUUUAUAAGCCUACACCACUGCAAUUGAUUUCACUGUUAUGAUUAGUCUUGUUGAACAAUUUCGGUGCAGACAAUGUAAUUGUAUUUUUAGUCAACUUUGCAUUUCUUAUAAGAAAAAACAUAUUACUGCCCAACACCAUUAACAUUUCUGAGGCUUGCCUGCAGUUUUCAGCACUGAAAGCAGCAUGUGGCAGCGUGGGAGCAUUGCCUGUGCUUAAUUAGUGUCAAGUGAUGCAGAUUGCUGGGGAAUGGCAGUAUGAUACAGCUCUAGUUGAGGGACGACUGAAAUGCAGACAAUGCUGAAAGACGAUUCUUUGCUGCUUAUCCCGAAUGUUUUGAAGGUGUUCCUGGAGAAUGGACAGAUCAAGUCCUUCACAUUUGACAGUCGUACAACGGUCAGGGAUGUAAUCUCCUCACUGCAGGAUCGACUGUCUCUGCGCUAUAUCGAGCAUUUUGCUCUUGUUCUGGAGUCUGGCGGGCUAGAUCAAAACCACCGGCUGCAUCUGCUGCAGGAGAACCAGCCUCUGUCACAUGUGGUGCAGAGGACCUACUUCCAGGGGAUGAAGUGUCUUUUCCGCAUUUGUUUCUUCCCCAAGGACCCAGCCGACCUGCUCAGGAGGGAUCCGGCAGCAUUUGAGUACCUCUACAUACAGAGCCGCAAUGAUGUCAUCAAGGAACGCUUUGGCAUGGACUGGAAGAAUGAUAUCACACUGAAGUUGGCGGCUCUCCACAUCUUUAUCACUGUGUCAGCUGCCAGGCCCAAUCAGAAGAUCUCCCUCAAGCACGUGGAGAAGGAGUGGGGCCUGGAGCCCUUCCUUCCCCUCACCCUGCUGCCACUGGUAAAAGAGAAAAAUGUCUGUAAGACUCUCUCCCAGCUGCUAAAGACCUACCAACAUCCCCCACCUGCAGGCAGCAAGGUACCUCCUCUGCAGGGGAAGUUACAGUACAUGCGUGCACUGAAUGAACUGCCACCUUUUGGAGGUCUCCUGUUCCACACCGUGGGUCUGGACGAGAAGCAGUCGGCUACCAGCCUGUUGGUCGGGCCUCGGCAUGGUAUAAGCCACGUCAUUGACCUGAAGAACAACCUCACCACCGUGCUGGCAGAGUUCAGCCGGGUCGCCAAGAUCCAGCUGUUCCGAGAGAACCAGGGUGUGGCCCGGGUGGAGCUGGCGAUCUUGGAUGCCAAGCCACUAGUCCUGUUGAUGGAGUGGCCAGAUGCCACCAAUUUUGCCAGCCUGAUAUCUGGCUAUUACAAACUGUUUGUAGACCCCAAGAAGAACAUUUACUGCCGGACACCUGGUCAGUCCCACAUGAUCAAGGCAGAUUACAGAAGCACCCAUGUUGCCCAGCGGAAUGCACCUUCAACGUCCAGCAGUGGUCGGCGCUCAGAAGAGAGAGAGGGGCCCCCCAGAGACCCAGCCCGGGGGUCAGUGGGCCCACCAGAGCCCCAGCACCUGGGCCUCUGUCACAUACACUUGAAGGAGCAGGAGCAGCUCCAGGACCUCCAGGCACAGGGUGAUGCUGAGGCUGAAGUGGAUAUCAAUGAGAACCUUGUCUCUGGGGAAAUGGGCCGGCCACGCACCAAAUCUGACCCCACACUUAAGAGCUCUGAGUCUAUCGCAGGGCCCGAGGGGCACAGUAAAGACAGCCCUGGGUUCCGAGGGCGGGCCUAUACGCUAGAGCCCUCCCAGCGGCCCACUCGCUUCUUCUGCGACUCCUGCAAGGCCAAACUGAAGGCGGCUGCUGAGGGGGUGGUGGCAGUAAACGGAGGAGGUGGGGCCCAGCAGCUGGCCCUGCGGCGCUGCUCCAAUGCCUGCGCCUCCCGUGAGGGGGGUGCUGUGGACCUCACAUCCCUCCCGCUCCCAGGGAAUGAGGAGGACGAGGAGAUGGAGGACAGGAGCGAGAAGCUGCGGCCGCCCCCUCCCGCCAUUGCUGCCCCACCACCUGGAUUCAGGGACAACAGUUCUGAUGAGGAUGACCCCAAGAGAGGCCAGAAAGCCCAGGGUGGGGCCACGGCAGGAGGAGGUGCACGGGAGGAGGUGCCCAUCACACUGAUUGAUAGUGUGGCCACACGGACAGUUCGUGACCACGCGCAGGAGUUGGACGAUGCCCUGGUGUCCACCCUGCAGGCAUUGGAGGCCCUGGCAGCAUCUGAGGAUUACCCCCAACAUCACCAGCAGCCCCCACAAACUGCAGGGCUAAUUGUGCUGGCGGCCAUAACUCCUGAGUCAUCAUUGGACUCUGGACAUGAGACCAACUCUUCUGAGCUGACAGACGUCUCUGAGAUGGUCUCGGCUAUGAAGCAAAACCAGACAUACCUGCUGGCCCACCACAUCAACAAGGAGCGCUUCUUCAGCCGCCGUGACUUUCCCCUGACAAUCCCUGCCUGCACCACUCAAACUCUAAGCAGCGGUGCCCUGUCCCUGGGCCAACUGCGUGCCACCUGUCCCCCCAAACCUGUCAUACUCAGCAAGACCGUGCCACUGAUAGUCAGCCCCAGCCAGGAGACCCCAAGCCCCAGCAUCAGAGUGGAGCAGAGCCGGACACAAGCUCCGGUUCAGAGCAACUCGAGCACAGUGGAGCCUAAGCCAGAGCCUCCCCCUGGGGGUAUGGCUGACCCCUCCACUCAGACUGCUAAGGAACUGAAGGUAGCCAAUCAAGGAGAGAUAUGCCAGACUAGCAAAGACCAGAGGGCGGUUGGACCCCCAGAAAGCCAGUUGAGCUUCAAUUCCCAUGUGGAUGUGAAGGGCAAAGUUUCCAGUGCUUCUAGCCCUGAAACUACCAACAAAGCCUUACCGAUACUCUUGCCUGUGGACAAAGCUGUUUCUGCAAAAAUUUGCUUAACAAAUAUGUGCCAAGAUGCCGAGACUGCCUCCAGUAAGACCACCAAGCCUUCAACCACUAACAACAAAGGUCCCUUACCAGUGGAUGACCUGUUUUGUACAUGCCCAGUGCGGCCUGACCCUAAGCCUCCCCUGAGGCUGAAGGACCCACAGGCGCAGAAGGUGGUUGUGUUCCACUCCUCCUCUCCAACAGAUGAUGAGCGUCUGCGUGCCAAAGCCAAGGGUUUGCAGCUGUCCAGCAGCAAAGAGGGUGGGACGCGGGGACCAGAACCCAACCUGCCCAAGCAAAGCCUCCUGGCCCCACCAAGGUACUCUCCACGUCCAGAAAAGACAGAGCGCAAAGACAUGCCAGAUGUAAAGACGGAGGUAAAAGCUAACAAUGAGACACAGAAAGCACCCAAAGCCCUGCCCAUGCUGGUAGAAACCACACUGACAACUAGCUACGCAGACAAGGCUGCGACAAUCCCUGCUGUGGAGCACAAGAAACACGGUGGUGGCAGUGCUGGCAACAACAGGGGCCCUAAGCAGCAGCGCACUGCCCCCUUCCUGAGCUUCCGGAACUUGCUUUCAGCCACGUUCCCAGCUCGGCUGCGCCGUGAGACGGAUGAACGGCAGGCCCAGCUGCAGAAGGUGCGUCAGUAUGAGCUGGAGUUCCUGGAAGAGCUGCUUAAACCUAAGGCAGCACAGGCUGAGUUCCUGCCCCCGGGGCCUUCCCCAGUGCCCGGGGGCACUCCCUGCUCUUGCCAGCUGCGCUCCAGUCCCGUGCAGAAGGUUCCCGGUGUCUCCCGUGAGCAGCGGCGCAGUUGCGACUGCAAGAGGCUGUGCCGGGGGAUCCGGCUGCCUGACACGCCAGUGGGAUCUGCUGCCGAGCGCAGAGGGAGGGAAAGGGCAGUCUCAAAGACCCCGCCAGCAGUAACUAAGGUGUCACAUUUACCUGAGGGACCCAGGAGACCUCAUACCUUGGAGAUCAAGACCACCAGAAUACGCUCCUCCAGCCUGGAGUCCCGAGAGCCUCGGGGGGAAGCGGCAUCCUGCUUGCCCACCUGUACAUCCCGCCCUGAAUGUUUGGGUGCUCCACAGUACAAAAAGCUCCAGAGGCGGUACAGCAUUGGGGAGGCUGAGGGCAAUGAGAAUGCACCCCUCUAUGCUGAGGUUAAGCCAAAAUCCAAGAGUCUAGAAAAGGAAAUGGAGCGGGUAAGGGCAACAGGCCUGAGGCUUCCCACCCCUGUGGAGCCAUGCUAUACCACCAUAAGGGAUGGGAAGAGGAAGGGCGUGUUCUCCAUCCAGGGGGAGGAGCCCUCUCGGGAAGGGCGACCUGCUGCAGCGGAGGUAAUGCUGGGACUACCGAGUGAGGACAACGAUGACAGGGAGAAGUGCUGCUCCUUCUGCUUCUGUUACCGCAAGUGCGAGGCGGCUGACGAGAGCAGUGAGAAGGAUGAGCUGUCCUACUCCAUUCCCCUGCAGGUGCUGCCUGGUAUGCAGCUGGAUGCCCACUCUAUGCCUGUGGUCAGCAAGACCCUGCAAGUUCUCAAUGCAGAGGACUGCAGCGGGGAGGAGGAGGUAGAGCAGGAGGAGGAGGAAGAGGAGGAGCCACAGACCCAGGAUAUUGACCUACGAGCCUGCAGCAGUCUGGAGGGCAGCCUGGCGCGUGUGCAAGCUCUGCAGGGGAAAACCUUCUCCCUUCCCGACGGCUUCCUCAGCGCCCAGCUUGAUGCUAACGAGCUGCUGGCCAUCCUACGGCAGUGCGCUAGUGGCGGAUCCCACAUAGAGGGUGAGCCCCAGCUGCAGUCAUCACGGCUAGCUGAGUACAAACAGGAGCUAGCGCUUCGCUUCAAGGAGUUUCGGGCAUCAUGCCGGCGGGUGGCUGGGGUGGAGAAGAGCCCCUCGCGAAUGUUGAAUGCCGUCACCGCCAGCUUCCAGGUACUAUGCGGCCUGACACAGACCUUCAUCCAGUUGGUACGUGGAGUACGCUCGGAGGCCCAGCGUCUGCAGCUUCUGCGCAAGGUGGAAGAGGUGGCUAUCAACUACACGCUCCUCCUACGUGCCGCCGAAGAAUCCAUGGGCCACUCCAGCAGCCUACCUGCCAAGAAUUCUGGCCUCCAGGCUGGGCCUCCUCCUGCUACCACCACUGCAGGCUCCCUCAACCGCCCCAUCAAGACCCUGAUAACGAAGUGAGGCUCAUACUUCUGUUAUCUAUGGGGGGCCUCGAAGAACAUGUGCAUCCAUGCCCCCCCAACACACAUACACACACACGCACACACACAUUCACACACACUCUUCUUGCUCCAUUCCCUCACACAUCCAGUGAAGCUGAUAUGUGACAGUCUGGAGUUAAGUGGGUGCACUCCCUGCCCUGAGUGUCACCAUACUGACUUAUUGUUUACAUUAUUUCCCAUAACUGUACUUGCUACAAUGCAUCUUGGGACGGGAAGCAAGUGCUCCUUGACACGUUUACAGAGGCUGCAUCAGCACAGGAAUUGCACCACUGGCCCUACAGAGUUCACAGAACCCCUCUUACACCACCACAUCUGUGCAGGAGUAAAAACUGGACUGGGACCUAGGACCUAGGACCUCCAACACAAAUGCAUACACAAGAGAUGCAGAUGUGCAGAUAGACACACAUAAAAACACUCUCAGACCGGCAAUAUGGACAGGGCUAUAAGUGAGACCUAUGGCUUGAUGCUACAGGGUGCAGUAUUAUCUUUGUCAAAACUGAUUAAGUCUGAUUUUGUUUUAUUUUUACUUUGCAAAGGAGAAACUGUUUUGUGUAAAAAAUAAUAUUUAUCUUAAUGAUUAUUAUGAAUAUGAUCAUGACUAUUAGGAUAACAUAUCCAACAUCCAGUGAGCACUGAGAAAAAUUGUCCUCAACAAAAAUAUCAAGUAGCGGAUUCUGUAAAAUUAGUUUGCGCAUAAGCAUUGGUGGGGUCAGGUGAUAUGCUUGUUUGUACAUUUCUUUGAUCAUUGUGACAUGAUACAGAGUGCUUCACUGGGUAUCUGGACAAUCUUUAAGUGUCUUAAGUGCAACUUCAAUGCGUACAGUAUAUUCACAGUAUUGGACUUUGUGUCACUGAAAAUGUUUAAAUGGCCACAUGUUUGGACUGCAUUAUUUGUGAGGCACAGAUGCACAUGCACGCACAUGUGAAGUGGAGACACAGGUAAGGCACACCUGCUCAGGGCAGUCAAUGUAGCAGAAAUCCAAACUCAUGGCUCAUCCAUUUCAGUAGGGACCGAUUGCUCUUCUUUGUGGGAGUGAAGCCUUGACCUUCUGGGCCUGGCUUGGCACUUGUCUCAUGAUCUGUACACUAAUUUUCACAAGGCACGGAAACAGGCUUAAAGACACAUGCCCAAAACAAACCUGGCACCUCAUCUAAUGCAACAAUAUCUGCCUCAUUCUAGAAGAAAAGGCUGCCGCAGGUGAGUAAGCUUGGAAUAUGUACAGCUUACAUGUUUUCCCCAUAUGUAUCAACUGAAUUCUGUUCUCAGCACACGUCAUGCUCAGUCACUGUUUUCUUUGAAAUGGUUUUUGCAGUUUCAGCACAUUUGACAAGGAGAGCAAGGAGGUCCAAAUAGCCCUCCAUGUGGUGCCCUUUUUAAAUGAUUUUAUAUCACAGAAAAGAGCUUCUGAUUCUACACUAAUCACCUUCCUUUCAAAAGAAUCUCACUCCUUGCCAGUCCCUCCCCCUCCGCCCCCAAUCCUGACGCUGCUCUUUUUUUAAGUACUGUUUAUCCGUUGUUGAAGAAACACACAUAAAAGUAGUUUUUUAUGUAUUUUAAUAAAGCAAACACCUGUUCAUUGUCUGAACACUUUUUUCUGUCUCUUCCUAUAUCCUGUUGACAGACCCGACUCACAUAAAGGUUUACAAAGUUCUAAAGCCCAUGUAAUUAUUUACAAUUUAAUUCAGCUUCUGCCUGCUUGAUUCCUAGUCUGGUUGUUGGCAUGGUUGAGAUUCAUAUGUGCCAUACGUUCUUCAUAUCAGUCUGUCUUACACGUUGCCAUGUAUUCACCUUUGUCUUCCUGGAUUUCCACAGUAGAGAUUACAUGGGUUCUUCUGCUGGUGGGUUAUAAUCCUCUGUGUAUGUCGGAGAUGGUUUAGGCUGGUCUUGUCUAGUCUUGUUUCACUGGAAUGGCGACUGGGCAUACAAACAUAGGAAAAGCCCCUCACUGCUUUUCAUCUCUAUGAUGGUGUAUGAUUAUGUAAUCAACUUGUAAAUAGUGUAAAUUAAAUAGGACAUUUGUGAGGAGGCAGACACUUUUAAAAUAUUAAAUAUUGGCAGUGUAAAGAUUUAACAUAAAUGCUUCACUGUUUUUGUAAAACAAAAAGAAUCAUAAUAUGACUGUACCUUAUUUAUAGUAGUAAUGUAUCAUAGAAAUUAAUAGUGGAAAGCUAUAUUUUAAAGAAUAUACAUAACUAUAAAGCAUGGGCCAUGUUUAUUUUUAUAAAAUGUUUCCAUUUUGAUCCUACUUUUCUCUCACAGUUUUUAGAAAAACUGUUUUUUCAGGUUUUUUUAUCACAAGUUGAAUAUUUUGUUGUGACAUGCAGUUUGGUUGCAUUCCCAAAAUGUUAUUAUGUCCAUCUGUUCCAUACUCUUGUGGGUUUUUGUUUUGUAAUUGUGGCAUUCGGUCCGCCGGAGAGGCGGAUUGGUCUCGGCUGAGCCGGCUGGUGGAGAGCAGCACACCUUUAAGGUGCGUGUGUUCUCCCCACCAGCCGGCUCAGCCAAAACCAAUUCGUCUCUCCAGCAGACCGAAUGCCACAGUAAUGUAUUGCCUCAUUUAUUUAACUUAUUUAUUUGAUUAUUUUUGUCAAAUAUCUUGUCUUCAAUGUGGUCCUCUGUCUGUGUAUAACGUGGUUCAUGUUUUAAUAGCAAUAAAGUGUAUUCAUGUUAAUA